AUGGGUGAAUUUAAAUCAGAUGACUACAGUCAACAAAAACAAGACCAGGACUUUGCCGUUGGAGAGUGUCAUGAAGAUGCUGUAAAUGAAUUAGUGAAGGAAGGUGAAAUGGGCGCUGAAGAGGAGACACAGAAAACCGAAGGGACAAAAAGAAAGGCUGAGAACGUUCUGGCCAGGAAGAGAAAACACAGUGGCCUCUCACCACAACACGAGGACGAGGAGGAUGCCAACAGGGAAUUUGGAGGGAGUAUUAGUGAGAAGGAAGAUGCAGCUGCAGAGCAGGAAAAAGGCACCAAGUCAGAGGAUGCUAGGGAAGAGGAGGAGGAGGAGGAAAUGUUGGCCAGCUCCCUCAGUGACAUAGAACCAAAAUCAGAAGUCCCUCUGAGUACACAAGUUAAAACAGGAGAGGAGAAUAAAGAGAUGGCUUCAAGUAAAGUGAGAAGAAGCGAAGAACAAGAGAAACCUAAAGAACGAGAAGAAGUUAAAGUCACCAAGGUGUUUGAUGUUGCUGGUGAAAAAGUCAGGUUUUUCAGGAGACAGGGAAGGCCUGGUAUGUCCCCAGAUCAUGAGCCUCCCAGAUCAAAAGGUGGCCAACAUGCCACUGAGAAAGAGCAGAGGUCAAUUACUAAUACUUCGAGUAAGGAUGAAUCGACUAAGCGAAAGUGGAAACGACAUUCAAAUGUGGUCGUGACUGGUGAAGAAAGUGAACUCCGAUGCUGUAAAGAAGAAUAUUGCAUAGGAACCUGCAAUGUUAGAUCUAUGAAUCCAGGUAAAUUGGAUGUGGUGAAGCACGAGAUGGAAAUAAUAAACAUCGAUAUCUUAGGAAUCAGUGAACUAAAAUGGAUGGGAAUGGGCGAAUUGAAUUCAGAUGACCAUUAUAUCUAUCACUGUGGGCAACAGUCUCUUAGAAGAAACGGAGUAGCUAUCAUAGUUAACAAAAGAGUCCAAAAUACAGUAAUUGGGUGCAAUCUGAAAAAUGACAGAAUGGUUUCAGUUCGUUUCCAGGGCAAACCAUUCAACCUCACGGUAACCCAAGUCUAUGCCCCAACUCCCUAUGCUCCAGAACCUGAAAUUUACCGGUUCUAUGAAGACCUACAACACCUCUUGGAAAUAACACCGAAAAUAGAUGUCCUUUUCAUCAGAGGGGAUUGGAAUGCAAAAGUAGGAAGUCAAGAGAUACCCAGAAUAACAGGAAAAUUUGGCCUCGGGGUACAGAAUGAAGCAGGGUGAAGGCUAAUAGAGGUUUGUUACCAGAACAGGCUGGUCAUAGCAAACACCCUUUUCCAACAACACGAGAGACGUCUGUACACAUGGACAUCACCAGAUGGUCAAUACCGAGAUCAGAUUGAUUAUAUUAUUUGUCGCCAAAGAUGGAGAAGCUCUGUACAGUCAGCAAAAACAAGACCUGGAGCUGACUGUGGCUCAGAUCAUAAGGCCCUUAUUGCAAAGUUCAGGCUUAAGUUGAAGAUAAUGCCGAAAAUGACUUGGCUAUUCAGGGGGAGUAAUGAAGUGGGUGAGACCUCUCAAGAGGCAAAAUCCGUAUUCAAGCAAACUGCAAAGGGCAAACCUCAGGCUAAUGUCCCUUCAAAUGUGUCAUCAGUUCCUGGUGGAUCAGGGGUUUCUAAGGAAGUGGGUGAAACAUCUCAAGAAGGGAAAUCCGUCUUCAAGCAAAAUGAGAAAGAAGAACCUCAGUGCAGUGUCCCUUCGGCAGUGCCAUCACUUCCUGCUGGGUCAAGGCCUGAAAACUGUGACCUUCAGAAGAACCAGGAUUGCAGCAAUUAA